UCAGCUUGUGCCUGUGUAUCUUCGUGUCGUGAAGGCCGAAAACAUGAAGUCGUAGUUUUUAGUGAGUCGCGGCGAGAAGACAUGGCUGCAAAAGAUAGCAUAGCGUCGAACACGGAGGCGUUAUCGCGCCCUCUGUAAUCAGGCCUGCCGUCGUAUGUAAAUGAGAUGCAGUGCUGGAGCGUCGGUGCUGGACUGAUGUCGUCAAACGUCGCGAAGACAAGUCUCUUGGUCGACUUUGGGAACCACUCCCCUCCUCCGCCCCAACGCGGACGACAGCCCGGGACGGCAGCAAGCUUCCAUGAUUCGACUAGAUUAUCAAUACCUACCCUCGCACCGCUCUUUGAUCAGAGCAUCGAGUUAAAGUUCGGGAGAUCGACCUACUGUGCCCAUAAUAGCUACCGGUCAGUGAGCUUUUGUCGAGCCGUGCGGAGACCCGUCACGAGAAGGUGGUCGGCUGCACAACCAUCGGAGAAUAUGCGCCAAGCUGCAUCAACAAAUAUCGAUUGCCAACGCAAUGCGGAAUCGGGCCCGAUGAGUAGAUACAAUUAUAACUAUACAUGCUGGUUCCGCCUUGUGCCGGUUCUUAGUGUUUGUUUUCGAAAUCCUUCUUCAUGAAUCCUCCCGAAACCAAGGCCACUGAUACAAAUUGGUUCUGGUCCUGGGUCUUGACUUCGUAUCCCAACUAAAAUUCAUAUUCGACAUCGUUGACGAUGCAACUUCAUAGUCUUAGAGAGUUAGAUCAGACUGAGGGGACGGUGCAGCUCAGAAAGGGUGAACAUCUUCUGUUGCUUUCUCAGUAUGUCCAGAACUGACAUGCAGAUGC